AACGAGUUUCCAUAAUUUUUUUGAGUUCUGGGAACUAAUUAGAUUUUACAGUGUAGGUCAGUGAAAUUAAAAAAAAACAAAAAAAAACAAGCAUCAGAAAGCUAACCCUAGCCCAGAAAACUGCUCAAGACCACUUUAAAAGAAAUUACAAAAGCGUCUGGCUUCUCUAAAGAAAUGAAGUGUGGCUCCGGACCUUUCCACAUGAUUGUAGACCUUAUUAUAAACAUUGGAAUCAUACUUGCAUGUAAGAAAAUAGGGGCAUAAAUUAAAUGUUUGUUGCUUUGAUGUGCAAUCUAGCAGAAAAACAGCAACUUAUUUACACAUUUUUCACAUAUAAUAAUAAUAAUAAUAACUGUUGCUACUGUUGUUUUACUCCUUUUACAGGAACUGCCAUUAUGGCUCUUUACCUUUGUCUCCCCCUGCUGGUGAUGCUUUUGCAGCCGGUUCAGUGCCUCUAUAACUGCUCCUCUGAAUAUCAAAGGACCCCAGGCAACUCAGAUCUAAUGGUUCAAUGUGGCACCAGCAUGAUUACCCUGGACAUCAACCUAUGCACAGUUCUGUGGGCAGGCUUCAAUGCCACAGAGCUAGCACUGAAUAGCCAGUAUAGUAAUACAGCGUGCCAGGGCUCUGUGGACACCAGUGUGAACCCUCCGGUCGUCCAUUUCCAGCUUCCUGUCAACCAGAGUCAGGAUAACUCCUGUCGCCAGUCUCUGCAGAUUGUAGAUGAAAAGCCAGACCCUACAGGUCCCUUCAGCAGCUUCUUGAGUAUCCAGGCAGUUGUUGUUACAGGAUACAUUGACACACCUAGAUCUAACCAGGGGCUGAUCAGCUACUCCACAGAUCUCUAUUACCACUUCUCCUGCCGAUAUCCACUGGAAUACCUUUUGAACAAUACACAGAUUGCAGCCUCCUCAGUCUCUGUGGCAACCAGCAACAAUAAUGGGACCUUCAUCAAUUCACUCAAAAUGAGCGUUUUUAACGACUCUAACUAUAACUCUCUGUUAGUGGUGCCUCCAACAGGACUUGAGCUGCGAACCAAGAUAUAUGUGGAGGUCAAGGCUGAUAAUCUGACACAAAAUUUCAAUUUGCUCUUGGAUCGUUGUUUUGCUACACCCACCCCUUACAACAUGUCGCAGAGCGUGCAGUAUGACUUCUUCACUGGCUGCAAUAUAGCUAACAGGACGACUGUGAUGAGCAAUGGCGUCUCCAAGGUUGCCCGGUUUAACUUUGAGGCCUUCCGCUUUGUUCAGGACCGUAACCAGGCAAAGUCCAGCAUCUAUGUGCACUGCAUGCUGAGACUCUGUGAGCCGAGCACAUGUCAACAAAUUCAGAAUUGUGCUAAUAACAGAAGAAAAAGGUCUUUGGUUCCUUUUGGUAAAGAAAGCAGUGAAUCAACUACCAUUUCAGUCGGACCUCUUUACACGGCUAAAGAAGACUCUUCCAAUGCAGAAGACAGUAAUACCGUGACCUCAGGCAGCGAUGGCCAUAACAUGACAGGCCUGAUUGUGCGCCUGCUGUCCUGCUGGGUCUUGGUGGCUGGUUUGUUCUGAAGCUGUUUGAUUGCACUGGACUGACAGAUCAACCAGCCAAUUCUCUUUGCAUUGUCAAUGCUGAAGCUGCAUAGUUCUGUAGAGUGUGAGGUAAAAUCUGAUAAUGUUGUAGUUUUCAUCCUAUCAAAUAUAAUUUUGUAUCCAUACUUAGAUGUCAGUUGUGAAGGGAAAGUCAAACUUGAACUGUAAAACUUGAACUACUUAUGGCAGUAGAAAUAAA